UAUAUAAGCUGAGGUUUCGUCGUCGUCAAUCACACACUUCCCCAACUCGUCUUCAGUUGACUACACCUGUCCAACAUUAUCUCUUGUCAUCACCAUGGCUAGUCGUCUGAUUUUCGCUAUUGCUGCUGUCGUUGCUGUUCUCUCCUUGUUCUGUGAAGCGUCUCCAUCCCACAAGCUGGAAGAUUUGAAGGAAGCCGAACAACUUCACUGGAACAAAACCAUCACCAAAAUGGUCAACUCGACUUCCAGGCUAGCUGAUAAAGUGGAGACGGUCCUGAACCGAACGGCCGACACAGUUUUCACUGCUGCGAACAUGGUCGGUGGAGUCGCUGGAGGCUUGACGGCGAUUGUGGGCGAGAAGUUGAUUGAAGGAUCCAACAAAUGGACUGAACUGAAGAACAAAACUGCCCAGAGGAUGGCCAACACUCGUGCUAAAAUGGACGCCGCUAAGCAAAAGAUUCACGACAAAUUGUCCGCUGGAGUCGAGAAAUUGGUCGAGAAGGGUAACCAGCUCGUCAACUUUGCCGUUGGAAUUGUUGGUCAAGUCGUUGGCAAGGUGACCGAUACAGUCCAGGGAGCUAAAUCCAAGGUACAGGAACACAAACUGGAGAAGAAUGCCAGGAUUUCCUUUAUUCCGCUCUCUACCAAAUUGUCCACCUUGUCCGCUCGCAUUGUCCAUCCUGCCCGUCCUACUCCAGUUGCCGAAGCUGUGGUUAGAGAAGAGAACGCCACUACCACACAAUCCUCUGUAUCUCAAUCAACUUACUCUUAUUAAUUUUCUUUUAUUUAGUUCUCUCUGUACAAUUUGUUUAUAACUGUCAGCUGACUGUAAUGCCUAAAUGGCUUUUAUGUGAAUAUUACAUUGACUAGAAUUUUAAUCUUUUGUGGUUGCUUACUCUUGAAAUCGCUGAUGGGUGUGCCAUUUUUACAAGUCGUCAUUAAUGUAAACUUUAGUCUAUCCAUCGACAUGAAUCUGUACGGACGUGUUUUAGCUAGUAUUCUUCCGUUACUGUACUUGGUUAUUAACGGAAGUGUAUUGGCCAAUGACGUGUUUCAACCAAAUGGAAAUGUUCGAGUAGCUGAAUCAUCUAGACGAGCGGCGCAAUGGUUGCUGAACCGUCGAAACAGCCAAUUGCACUGGGGUCAUUUGUCCAACUCCCAAGUUCUUUUGGCUUUGUCGCAAUCUGAAUACUUUAACUCUUCUCUUCCGGAAUUUCAACUUGUAAUUGCGCAACUUGACAUUAAUUUCCUACUGGAUCGACUAAGAGUUGGAGAUUUGGAGUUGUAUUCCGACAGGUUAAUUCCGCUCGCUGUAACGUUAACUUCACUCUGCCGCAGUCCGACUCACUACUAUGAUUACGAUUUGCUGGACGGGUUGCUGGAUUACCGGAGAAGGACGGACAAUUUCACUUUCGCUUCUGAAAUGCUGGCCGUCUGCGCUGGAGACGGAGUCAUCCUCCGGACCAGCAUCCGUCGACUAGUUUGGCUUCUCAAUCCGAAAAUGUGGACUGGACCUUCGUUAGACAUUGAUACCCUUUCUAUGGUACUGAUGGCGACCGGAUGUGUUACCCAGCAUUACAAUCAUCCGUACAUUUUGCCGUUUGCGGAUCAGUUGGUGCCAAUCCUCAUCAGUAAACAGCAGAGAGACGGAUCGUUCAACAACGGGAACACCAUUUCCACUGCGCUGGUCGUCCAGGCAUUGCGGAUUCACGGCCUGUCGGUCAACGUUAACUCAACUGUCCAGGCGGCAGUCGACUGGAUUGUAUCCGCCCAGCUGGAAGACGGUUCUUUCGAUUCCGAUUUGAUGGUCACCUCCGAAGUUGUACUGGCUUUGUCUCCGAUGGGAGGAAGAGCUCAUAUCCACCUGAGUCGCUGCAAAGACAAUCAAACGGAAGUGACGGCCGUCUCCGGAAGUAGUCAAACGGACCAAGUUUCUUUCCUCAUCUGGAUUGGCCAGCAACCUACGCCAAAGCGUCAAAGCUUUUCUUUCAAAGUCCCUGUCAACUCAACCGUCUACGAAGCUCUUUUGCUGGCCCAAGUCGAUGGAUUACUCCGAUUCGAGACUCGAGAGUACUCUUUCGGCCACUACAUAGUGUCCAUCAACAACACACCCGAGCUGUCGACCACCGACCAGCGAUGGAUGAUUUACGUUCUUCCGGCCAGCGAGCCCGUCCCCACCGACAAACCGGAUAGCAAAUUCUUGAUGAAAACAUCCGUGUCUUCGUACAAGAUCAGAGGAGGUGAGAGGAUCUUGUUCUGGUACCAAUCUUCCAUUCAAUCUUCCCUCUGAAUACCCGAUUGAAUUAAACAAAUAAAUUGAGACGACAAGGAGAUGAUUUUUUGUUUGUUCGCUGAACUUGAAAGGGCUGAAAGCUGUGUAUUACAACAAAAGGCCAAGCAACAAUCAGAAGGGGAUAUAAUAGGUGUGUAGAGAAUGAUUCAAGAAGCGAGAAGAGGAUGUUUUCUUUUUUGUUUCUUGUUUGUUUCUAACAUCGUUUCAAAAACAGGGCUGAAAUAAUUCAUGAAAAACAACACAAGGCCCGCCGACUGAAACAGACCCAGGUAUAUAAUAAUAAUAAAAGAGUAGAAGGUUG